GCAAAUAAAAGUAUGGUAGGAAUACGCUACAUCAUCGUUUCGGCAUAACUACAGCUGAUUUACGCUUACGUUGUAACAACUAAGCAAAACCCAAACGGAAGAGAAAACUGUGAAUGGACGUCCCAUUUUACGAGGACGAAAUUAUGCCAAUAGAUUCUUCAUCUGAAAACACGAUGUACGACAAAACUGCUUUGAAGUUGGAUUUUAGCAACAGUGGCUCAAACAGGAGACAAAAUACGUUGAAUUCAUUCGACAACUCCAUCCUAACUUCGCCAGAUUUAAACUUGCUAAAGUUAGCUUCGCCAGAACUGGAAAAGCUGAUAAUUGCAAACUGUGGUGUUCUUACAACACCGACUCCACAAGGGCUAAAAAAUUCUAACUUGACGGUGACAGAGCAACAAGAAUUAUACGCACGAGGUUUCUUAGAAGCAUUACAGAAGUUACACGAGCAACAGGGCUCUCCGAGCUCUGUAGUGAGCGCGUUUCCACUAAACCAAACAUGUGCUACUACGGAAAUUCAGUCAACAAAACCGAUGAGUACUCAAGCAAAUUUUGUGAAUAUGAGUGCAGCAACAAGAAUGAUCAAUCCUUUGCCAGCCCCAGCGUGUACUCAGGGUAUUACAGCACCGACUUAUACCACGAACAUGCUCACAACAAUUUCAACAGAGGCACUUCCGCUAGAUUCGAUCGCUAAUAACAAUGUCGCCUCGCAGAUAUUCCCGGAGUUUCAAACCCCUGGAAUAAUUAUGAGUAUACAGCAACAGCUCAACACUAACGUUGGAAGCUAUGGUUUUAGCAAUCGCGGGAGAUUUGGAGAAAUAAAGAUGGAGGAGCAAUCGCAAGUCGUCCCUCACACACCACCUCUUCCUCCUAUUGAUUUAGACCUACAGGAAGCGGUGAAAAACGAGCGAAAGAAACUAAGAAACCGGCUUGCUGCCUCCAAAUGCCGUAAGAGGAAGCUGGAGAAAGAAGCAGAACUCGAAGAUAAAGUAAAAGUGCUGAAGGAUAAAAACACCAAACUCGUCUCAGAGGCACAAGAAUUACGGAGAUUGGUAUGUGAACUGAAAGAGCAAGUCAUGAAUCAUGUCAGCGGUGGCUGCCAAGUUUAUCCGAAGGGACUUCCAAGUGUGACUGCUUCAGCAUAAACCUUGAAGAACUUUAUUGGAAAUUGAUAUUUAUUUAAGCAAAAUAGGAUGGAAAAAUAUACUAUACCGACGUAUUUGUUACGCCAAGCGAACAUUUCGCUCGACCAGACACAAGAAUAUAGCAACAGGUGAUAUCAAUGCUAUUUCAAUAGCUUGCCACAGUGCAGUAUUUAAAAACCCUCAAGAAAAUGAGAAACAGUUAUGAACUCUGUGAUUAUAAAUACUAGUCUACUCGAUCUAACAUUGCAUUGUGAAAUAAUUUUAUUGACACUAUAAAACCUUGUAUUAAGAUGAAUAUAUUGAUAGGUAUAUUUCUAAGAAAGAAUAUUUGGUAUUUAUCUUAAAGAAAAGAACUUAGAUUUAUUUAUUCAAGAAAAAAGAAUUGAGAUGUAUAAUAAAUAGGCUUAAAUGAUAUUGUAAGCCUUGGUAGAAUGACCAAUAGAUUCAACGAAGUAAGUUGUAAAAAAGCUUUGUUUUUCAAAGUUACACAGGGAACUUUCUUCUCUUAUAUUAAAACACGUAGAACGCAUA